AGCUUAAACGAGGGUGAAGCUCUGACUUUAACAUGCCUGGCCUCUAGCAGCACCAGCCAGCACACCCAUCUGUCUGUUGCCUGGUAUCUCCAUAAAGAUGGACAGGAGGACGCUCAGCCUAUCAUUUCUCUGAAUAGAGAUUUUACACUGAGCCCAGGCCAGGGGUUUGAAAGGCGUUACCAAGCAGGUCUCAUACGCUUAGAUAAAUGGGGAGAGGCCUCGUACAGCCUAAAGAUGGCUGAGGUUGAGCCAUCAGACCAAGGUAGGAUCUACUGCCAGGCUCAGGAGUGGAUCCAAGAUCCUGAUGGCUCCUGGUACAUCAUCAUACAGAAGAAUGCAGAAGAAAUGACCCUGACAGUUAAAGCCACAGAGGUGGUGGAGCCAUCGUCUCCGUCUCUGGCAGUGGAAAUCUCAGCACAGCCGGCAGCGCUGCAGGAGGGGCAGGAGCUGAUGCUGUCCUGUAAUAUAAACACACAGGACGUGGAGAAAAGAUUCUUCUCUGUAGCAUGGCUCAAGGGAAGUGUGGAGCUGGCCCGCAUUGGUCCCACAGGCGUUCUCACUGUGGCACCGGAGUACAGUGUUCGACAGAAAAAUGGAGAGCUCAGAGCCGCCCGGAGUGGGAACAGAGAUUACCGUCUCAUCUUAAAGCCUGUGAGAACUGAGGAUCAGGGAGAGUAUAUCUGUACAGUCUGGCCUCAAGAGAGAGGCCAAGAUGAUACUUUUAUUGAGGGAGAACCCAAAGACUCCAGCCCACAGCGGGUCAGCGUCUCAGCCACAGAAAACAGGCUGUCAAUCAAAAUGCAGCAGGCAGGAAAUGUCACCGAAGGGGGCGGGCUGCAUCUCUCCUGUAAAGUGGAUGGGGUUCAAGGUCAGCUGUCUGUCACCUGGCAACUCAAAUCAGCACGAAUGGCCUCGUUCACCGAGAUCAUCAGUAUAAGUCAGGAGGGUGUUACAGAGAUAGCAGAGGAGUUCAUGAGUCGCAAAGUGAGGGUGAUGCGUCCAGCUACUCACAACUUCACCUUAGAGCUUGAUGAGGUCACACUGUCUGAUUCAGGAGUGUACCGGUGUGCUGUGUCUGAGCGCAAACCUAACAGCAAGACUCACAACCAGGCACAAACUACCACUGUGACAGUGACUUCUAUAGAAAACAGGCUGACAGUCAAAAUGCAGCAGGCUGUAAAUGUCACCGAAGGGGGCGGGCUGCAUCUCUUCUGUAAAGUGGAUGGGGUUCAAGGUCAGCUCUCUGUCACCUGGCAACACAAAUCAACACCAACGGCCCCGUUCACUGAGAUCAUCAGUAUAAAUGAGGAGGGUGUUACAGAGAUAGCAGAGGAGUUCAUGAGUCGCAAAGUGAGGGUGAUGCGUCCAUCUACUGACAACUUCACCUUAGCGCUUGAUGAGGUCACACUGUCUGAUUCAGGAGUGUACCGGUGUGCUGUGUCUGAGCGCAAACCUAAUGGCAACACUCACAACCAGACACAAACUACCACUGUGACAGUGAUUUCUAUAGGUAAGAUGUGUCUGUGUGUUUGUGUAGUGCAAACUAUUCAAGACAUAUGAUAUUACCUUCAUUGUAACAGGUGUUUGUUCUUAUUGAGUGGUGUGAUUUGUUGAGCUUUUCUAAAACCACUUUGGGAAGGUUUAACUUUCUGUGAAGUAUGAUUUGUUGGCUCUGUCAAAACAGAAAAGGUUUGAUGAUGCUAAUGUUUUCAUUGCAUCUUGAUGAUGGACAGAAUUACAAAUGAGUAUAUCACAGGGGCAGCUCAGGAUUAGCUGUUUCUUUGGACAUAUAAGUUAUAGAGGCAACGGUGAGCAGAUGUGAAAAGGAGGCUAGUGGUUAUAAUAGGCAAACAAUGCUGAAUAUCAGACUAAUAGGCAGGAUGGUAAAAGGAAUUAUUUUAAUUUCUUUGCAUUUUCAUAACUAUAUGACAGGAGACAUUAACACUCAGCGGGUAGGUUACACAUUAACAAACCACAAGCACAAAUGGGUUUUUUUUGCCAAGCCAGGCUUUCAGGGAAAAGAAGCUAUCCUUAGAAUGUUUGUGUUUGACUGAAUAUUUUGUUUUAGGGCAAAUGUGGUUUAGGUUUCGCUUACAGUUUUUAAAAAUGACACGUAGCUGCAUAAAUAUAUGGCUAAAGCUGGCUAAUGCAUGCAUUUAUAAGCUUGAGACAUAGAUGUCAUGACACAUAUUGGAUGAAAGUCAUUUUUGUGUAUUCAAGCUAACCUUUUCUUUUUUAAAAGAUGAAAUGAUGCAUGAUUUUUUUUUCUUUGACACUCAUGAUUGCUUGAUCACCAGCUUCUCCUUUCUUACUUGCUGUCACUGACUAUUUUGGAUUUUUG